AUGGCUUUACAAGCCACGUCAGCAGGCGCGUCGGGCGGGUGGUUCGCGGUGGGGUGGUCGCCGGGGGGGAAGAUGUACCCCGCGGACAGCGUGAUCGCGCACAAGGCGGGCGCGGACAUUGGCGCGUACACCAUAACGGGCUACGACAGCUCCAACGUCGUCGCCACGACCGCCUUCUCGCUCGGCUCGCCCGCGUAUUCCGCCGGACUUGCCACGUGCGUUCAAUUGCACUGCCUUCUCUCCCCUCACCCCCCCUCUUUCCCCUCCCUCCUCUUCUCUCCCCUCCCCCCUCCUCUCUCUCCUCCCGCUCCUCCCUCAUGCUCCACCUCUUCCCCCACACGGCGAGAGCAGGCAGCAAGCUUCUCCCGCACGGUGGGGACGGGCAGCAAGGUGACGUUCGUGAACGGACCCAUGAAGACCAUCUGGGGCUACUCCGAUGGAGCCACCACCUCAUUCGACGGCCACGGGGGCAACCGCGGCAGCACCACCAUCGAUUUCUCCUGCGAUGGCACUUCCGUUGCCACGCCCUCCCCUCCCCCCGCCUCCGCCAACCCCUCCCCCCCGCCUCCCCCCGCUGCCUCCGCCUCCCCGCCUCCCCCUGCCUCCUCCGCCUCCCCUCCCCCCCCCACCGCCACGCCGUCACCCCCCCCUGCGCCGCCGGCUGCGGGAGUGGCGUGCCCGGCGUCGGCUCUGGAAGGGUUUGACUACCAAGUGGAGCUUGGCGGGCCGCUCAUGCUUCUGCACUGGACCUUCAGCACCAGCACCACCAUCAAAUUCUCCAUAGAAGCACGCGGCGCCACUAUAGCCAAGGACGGCUGGAUAGCCGUUGGAUGGUCGGGCAGAAAGGGCAAGAUGAAGGGCUCAGAUGCGGUCAUCGGGAACCUGCCUGGCGUGGCUGCGGUGCACAUGAGUGGAUACAGCAAGAAGCUUAUAAAGCAAACGAGUGCGUUCACGAUUGGGGAUACUGCUGUCGCUACCACCUCUGAAGGCGGCACCACAAUCACGUUCACCAGGGAGGUGGGCAAGGGAGCGGUGCCAAUAAAGCUCAACGCCACCAACUACCUCAUCUAUGCCUUCAGCACCACAGCCUCCACCACCCUCGCCUUCCAUGGCUGGAACCAGGGCGGCCUUGCGGUGGACUUCUCGUGUUUCAAGAAGCCCUCAGCCCUGUGGGGUGGCGGGCCUGACUACAGCGAUGACUCGGACUAUGACAACUCGUUCAACAGUGCCCGUGCUGCGAGCAUGGAUGGCACUAGUACAAGCACUGCAGGCACCAACUCUGCUGACUCAGCAACGGGCGGGGCUUUAAGCAGCGGUCAGCGAAACCGGUUGCACCAGCAGACGGGCUUGGGGCAUCAGCACCAUGAGGGCGCUGUUGGUACCACUGCUGGUGUUGCUGGUGAUGGUGCUGUUGGCACUGGGGCCGGCAUGAUAAAUGCUGACUGGUGGGCGAGGAGAUCUGGAUUUUGGAAAACUGUUUUUGGAGGUUGA